CUUGCUGAUGGUGUGCCGCCAGCUGAAUAUGGAGGAAUCUGUCGCCGAGAUCAUGCACCAGCUGGGAGCAGAUGAAAAUGGAAAAAUUUCCUUCCAGGAUUUUAGUCAGUGUCGCAUGGAACUGGUACGAGAAAUCAGGAAGGAGGAAGUGGAGCUUUCUGUGAAGUCGGAUGACUCUUGUAAAAAGAAAAAGCUAAGGGAUAGGAUAGCUUCCUGGCCAACUAGCAGCAAUAACAGUUUAGGUGCCUUGUCAGGAGCCAGAGAAAGCUGGGAAUAUGAUUCAGGAGCAAGAGACCUUCAGAGUCCAGACCUCCAGAGUCAUUUGACACUGCAAAAGGUGUUGGAGUAUGGUGGAAGCAAUGUGACCCAACAGGCUGCUCUGCAAAGGCUUCUAGCUCAGGCCUCAAAUUUUAGCAACUCUGUUGGAGGAAGCUACUUAGAACUUGCCAACACU